AUGGACUCGAUACUGCCAACGGGGGGCUGCAACUACCAUGACCUCUCCCAGCCCUUGGCGAAUAACUGCGGAUGCCAGCGUUUCUGGCUACGCAAGAAGGCACCCAAAGGUCGUGGAAAGAACCGGGCACCACCACGCGUCAAUCGGGUCAGCGAGGAGCGGCAACUAUUGGUUGGGAGCGGGACGGCGGGGCUGACAUCUGCGACCUUUCGGCAAGAGCACCAAGAGGAGAGAGGGGAGGACGACGACGGAGAGGAUAUGGGGAAUUGUCAUUGCGGUCAUCACGCUUGCUUUCAUUCGAUCGAUCACCCGCCUAGGAAUGCCCUCGCGCAGAACACCUCGAGGCGCUAUUCGCUGCAGAUUUCGGAUACGGAGACGUCUAUUCGCUUGGAUCGGUCGGGGGCGAACUUGGCAGCUAGUGGGAUUUCGAUGGCCAGUGGGACGACGACGGAGCGUGAUCCGUGUUCUUCCGAACAGAGUCCUUCCGUCCUCGCCGCUAGACGGAUCAAGCCGCAUUACCAACCUUCGCAACUCGGCAGCGAGCAUGGGUCGAAGCCAAGCACUCAGAAUACCAAUGUUCCAAUUGCCGAUGCGAUCCCCAUGGUUCUGGCUUUGGAGACCCGGUUGGAGGAGGCUAUUGCUGCGUCGGUCAAAAACCCCGAGUCGAUGGCUGCUUCUGCGGCUGCCUCCACUGCUACCGCCCUUCUGCCAUGUGAGAUCGCGGAAAUAAAACGGGGACUCGCUGACCUGAGAGGGGAUUUCGUGGCGAGCCUCGCGGUCCUUCACACUGACAGAGACCAGCUCAAAUUGCACAAUGAGAGGCUUGAAACUGUGGAAACGUUCGGCUCGGUGCUGGAGGACAUGAGAGAGAAGAUUGAAUUGAUCGAGGAUCGGAGCAUUGAGUGUGAGAACAAGGUGCUGAGCUUCGAGGAUCGCCUCGGCGAUCGUCUGGCCCCUGUCGAGGCGUUUCUCGAGUCUCGCAGUGAGAAAAGGAAGCACUCACGGCAGGGCGACGGAGGUAUUCGACGGAAACGGCGGAGGCGGGGACGUGAAGGCUUGGGCGAUAGUAGUAGUCAGCAGGAAGUCAAUAUGGCAAAUACCACGAGUUUCACGGCUACCAUGAGCACAUCGACUAGCUUUUCGGGAACCUCUUCGUCAAAUACUGGGGAGAACAAAGAAGCAACUACUGCUCGCGUGCUUGGGGUGCUGGAAGGCUACGAAUCGAGGUUUUUGGAAUUGGAGGAUGUUGCCCCACCCACAGUGUCUCGUCCAUGGGUGAUUGAAGUAGUCUUGCUCCCACCAGCGCCAUUGAAGGGUAUAUGGGUCGACCCAUGCGCCCAAUCGGAAACUGGAACCCAAUACGAAAGCAGCAAUCCUCAAUCCACCAACACCACUUCCGGCAUCACAUACUCUCGCCAGGCGUUGGGCGAACCCGAGACCCCCGGCAUGGUCCCGAAAAGCUUUGGUAUACGCUCUAGUGUCUAUCGUCGCCUGUAUAGUCGUGGAUUCGUUAGAACGCUGGGAAUCACCGCCGGAACCGCCAGAGACGUUGCAUCCCAGGUGGAGGCCAACUUUUCCCAACUCCUUGACUGGUGCCGCUCUUUCGAGGCCGACUCCCAAGCUUCCUCCUGCUCCCCGCAGGCCUCCACCACUACCACCCCCACAAAACCCAUUAUGAGCUCCAGCGCCUGGCAGCCUCUGCGCAAAGUCCACAAACAAACUGCCCUCGAAUAUCUCCGGCCGGGUGAAAUGAUGGAUGGAAUCUGGACAGUUGAAUUCCUUCGUGGAACCUGCUUGAUGAAAGGCCGGCGGAAAGUCUUGUACAUCACGCCCUCAAGCGGCUCAUCCACGAUAACGUGGUCCGACAUCAAGUCGCUACCGAAAUUCACCGAAACCGCUAUCGAGAGAGAGGCCUCCCAUGAUAUCCCGAAACUUGAGGAGUCCGACGACGAUUUCUGGAGUCACAAACACUUUUUGGACCAACCCGCCAUCUCUUUCACCACUGCUAUCAACAGCCCUGGUUCAUCAUUCGGCCCCUUUCAAUUAGAAGAGGAAGUCCCAGACGUUGUGGGUGCCUCCAGCCCACAACUCUCUGUGCCUUUCCCCUUCCGCAGAAGGAGCCGAAAAGGCUCAAUGUCGUCGAGUAACACCGGCAGAAGACGCAAGAUCGGGAGGAAGUUCUCUCGUGGCGCAAGCCCUGCUAAUACAGGCAGCGUCACGCUGGUCAGCUGUGUCGCGGGUACAGGUAGGAGCAGUUCUUACCCGCCCGAUGGCUGCGCUGGAAUCGGUGGCUUGAUCCGCCGGACGAGUAGCGGCAGCAGGGGAGGAGGCUCCAGAGAGGAUGAAUGGGAAUUGAGCCCUGCCACGUUGUGUUGGUUUACCCAGCAUCCACCAGCGGAGAGUAGCGACAGUUCUGCUCGAGACAGCCAACAUACCACACUUGGCGGUGACGAGGAGGCGGAAGACACCGAGGGAGAAGUGGGUGCGGAUGGUAUUGGUGAUGAAGCUUGUGAUGCGGACGGCGGGUACGAAAGUGCCGAUAGGGAAAGUAAUGACUCUUGAUUUGCUGAGUUUUGACAGUUAACGUUCUUUAAAUAAGAGUUUUCCUUGUAUCUAUCCAUUCAUCUUAUUCCAGUCACGGCCUUUUCCUUUUUUUUUUGAUCUCCUCUUUCUCUUUAGCGUCUGUUGUAUUGCCCUUCCCGGUCUCUGUUAUUAGCGUAGCGGGCGAGUUUGGCUUGGUUCGGUUUGGUUUAGCCAGCGAUCCUUACUCUCUUUUUUUUUUUCAUUUUACCUAGCAUUUUGCAUUGGUUUUUGCUGCGAUCGUUGAGCAGGUAUGAUCAUGUUAUUAUAGUCAUUGGGGAUCGGUUUGAUAUGGUUGGGAUAUAUGGGUUGGAUACCUUGAGGGAUAUAUCGUAAUAGAGUUUUAAAUCAGGCCUUGUUUGCGCUGUU